UUGGAGAUGGGUUGGUCGAUCAUAACAAUUUCCAAGGCUUCCGAGCCAAGAAAAAGAAGGAAAUCAGAGGGGAAGGAGAUGCCGGACGUUGUCGCCGCAGUACGGGAAGGAAACUGACUGCAAAUGGAUUCAAAAUCGGAUGUUCGACAGCAACCAACUAAUCCUAAUUCUGCACUACCACCGCCAACACUACAAGCUGCAACAUCGGCUGUAGCUGGACCGGCUGCUAGUACAAGUUCAUCAGUAAGCAAAGAUCCGCAGCCAAACAUCGCCCUAACCAAUUUCAAUUUCGGCGCCUUUCAGUUAUCAGCAGCCAAUGCAAACGUUAACAGUACAGCAAAUAUGGUUCCCAUUCCUCAGCGGAACAUUUUUUACGAUACAAGUAAUAAUUCAAUACAAAUGCAAAAACAACAAAUCGUUCAUCAAACCGGGAUGAAUUUGAAUGCUAAUGUAUUUCAUGCUACAACACCGGGUCACUCAACAACAACGGCAACAACUAUCAAGGAAGAAGUAAAGUCGACGACGUUAAACUCAUCCUGCUUCAGUUGUUCAUCACUGCGAUUACCAGCAUGUCAUACGACGGCAUUCGGACAACCUGGUUUGUGUAUCUUAUGUUUGAAUGGAAUUUCAUCUCACUGAAUUUUUAUAACGAGAUUAUAAUCCAUUAACUUAAAACUAUUUUCUGCCAGUCAUUCUAUGCCGGCCAUUCUAC